GCAGUACUUUUUUUUAUUGUUGCUUCGGAAUUGCCAGCUUUAGCCAUCGUAUUAGUGGAAAAUAUGAGAGUUUUCACAAGAGCAGGUAGGAUAUAGUUGCUGUCUUAUUUAUUAAACAAAACUGUGUACUGCACAGAACAUAAGGAUCACAUAAAGUUUAUGAUCAGAUUGCUGUCUGUAUUCAUAAAAACUUAUAGUUGCGAUAAUUUUUAUAUAUAAACAAAUUAUUUUUGUGCGAAAAGUAACAAGUUUUGCGUGAAGAUUCAUUUGGGCAUUAAAGCAAUCCCAGCCGAUAACGCAAUAACGGCUUGAAUAGUUUUAACAAUCAAAGGUCGUUUGAAGUUUUUUCUUAUCUGCGUGUAGAAAAUGCAAUCUGCUCUAAUAGUGGGGAAAAAAAUAUGCAGCUCUUUGCUGCUAAGAAAUUGGGUGAGGCCGUUAUCGGCUGCCAGCGAUAAAUUAACCAACGUCGAGGUUAAUGAUAAAACCGGUUUUGCUAAGCUUACGAUGAACCGGCCUCCAGUUAAUGGGUUAAAUUUAGAUUUACUUCGCGAUCUUCAUCAAUCUAUUCAAGAUAUUGAAAAAAAUAAAUGCCGCGGAUUGAUAUUAACUUCUGCCUCUAACACAAUAUUUUCAGCCGGCUUGGACAUUAUGGAAAUGUACAAGCCUGACCAAGAACGAUUAAAACAGUUUUGGACCGCUUUGCAAGACGUUUGGUUAGCUUUAUAUGGCUCCGCAGUUCCAACGGCAGCUGCCAUUAAUGGUCACUCACCAGCUGGCGGCUGUUUAUUAGCUGCUAGUUGUGAAUAUCGGGUCAUGCUUCCUAAAUAUACAAUCGGACUCAAUGAAACACAAUUGGGUAUUGUAGCUCCCAAAUGGUUUAUGUCAACUUUUCGCAAUGUUUUACCGCGCCGCAUAGCCGAACAAGCCUUAACUCAGGGUAAAAUGUUCACAAGCGACGAAGCCUUAAAAAUUGGUCUAGUUGAUGAACUGGCUGCUACGAAAGAAGAAGCUCUGCUAAAAUGUGAAAAAUUUUUUGCUUCUUUCGCCAAAACGGAUCCGAUUGCUAGAUACUUGACAAAGAAACAACUUCGUCACAAUGACAUAAAAGAGCUGUUGGAUGAAAAAGUACAAGAUGUAGAAAAUUUUGUACUUUUCGUUAAUCAACCAAGCGUACAGAAGGGUUUAGGUUUAUAUCUUGAAAGCCUUAAGAAAAAAGCGAAAUAAUAAUUUCUACUUUUCAUUUAUUCACUAAGAUAUAAAAUUUUCCACAAACAUUAU